AAUUUGUUUUUUGUUGUUCUUUUUUGUUAGCUACUGACAAAACAAACAAACGAGCAGCUGGUAUCUUCUUUAAAAUGCGGGCAAUUAAACAGAAAAGAGAAAUACAAGUUUUAUUUUCCGUUUUGAGCGUCUCGUGUUCAGGUUUAUUUCCAUAUCAACCGAUGUUUUCGCGCAGUGUGAGCUAACUUUAGCAGACUCUUUUAGGUUAGUUUGGCUGCGCACUUGUGCUCCUGGAAUGAUGAGAGGAAGAAGAGGACGGUCUUCAUUAUCAGCCACCCAGGAGCACGCCAGGAUGGCUCUGGGGAAGGAUGGUAGUGGUGUUACCUCAGGAAGCCAAAUGAUAGACGAAGAAGCCCCGGACGACGAAGCUGUUAGUGACAGUGACAACGAGGAGGCACCAUCACCACUGCCAUCAGCGAGAGAGAGACGCAGGAGAGAGAGGGGAAACAAAUCCAGGUCCAAAGAACUGACUGAGGAGGAGAUGGUGAACCUGGCCCUGCAUCUGAGUGCACAGGAAGCCAAUGUCGGUGUGUUCAAGCUGCAGCAGGAGGACGAGGCCAUGAAGAAAGCCAUCCAAGAGAGUAUGGACAGUCAGACACAACCGUGCUCACCUUGCCAGAGUCAGAGCCUGCUGCCUGCCGGUGUAUCGUCGCUCAGGCUCUGCUCGCGACGGAAACUCUCAUUUUCAGACAGGAAGUGGACGUCUGCCAUCGAUGAGGGAGCAUCAGAGGAUGUCUGCCCACCAGAGUCAGACCUGCACCGAGAAGCAAACACAGCUGGAAAUGAAAAUAAUAACGGCAAUAAAAAUCGGAAAAGGAAACGAGGAAGUCCGCUGCCGGAGAUGUCAGACUUGUCCCAGACUCAGAAACUCUGCUCUCAGGUUUCACCAUGCAGCUCCAAGUCUCUGUCAGCACCUCUCGGUUCACCGCAGAGCCCUGACUCGACCCAAAUCGACGAGUGUCAGCUCAUGAAAUCCCCUGUCUUCCCCUCGACUGGCUGCAGAGUCGAGGUUCGCAUCCCCCGGCUGAGCCAGGACCUGCUGCACACCUGCAGAACCUCAGGGUUUGUGUUGUGUUCUCAGGACAGUUGUACCAUGACUCCAAAGUCUCUGUCUGCUCAUCCCAAGAGCCCCACGUUUCCCAAAAGCCCCAGAGAACUCGGGGCGUGUCCUAAAAGUCCUGUCUUCUCAGAGACAGAUCAGGGUGAUGACAGUGAGGCGGAGCUGAGCCCUGAGUAUGUGAAAAGUCCAGUGUUUGGCACGAAUACUCAGCAUGAGCGGUCUCCAAGUGCCUGCACAGCCAGUGUCGGUGUCUGUGGAAACUCAGGGUUCAUAUUCUCCUCUCAGGGGACUUUAAUCUCCUCUAUGAGGUCCAUGUCCUGUUGGCCUAAGAGCCCGGUGUUCCCAAGAAGCCCCAGGAACCUCUCUCCCUUAGAAACAUCAGCAAUCGGCAAAAAUCCUGUAAUCUCAGAGACUGACCGAGGACAGACUGAGCAAAGGCAUGGCUGUUCUACAAGCCCUGUGUUCAGGACCCAACGACGACAGAAGAUUCAUCCUGAUGUGAAUAAGUCGCCUGUGGUUCCUUCAGCUCCAGAGCUUGGAGGUUCAAACAGUGAAGGGUGUUCCCCCCAUGUCGGGGAUCCUCCUCAGAGUCCCAGACAGGACACCCAGACUACUCACAGUCAAGAUGGUCGAUCUAACAGGAUCGCCACAUCAUCUAAGUCAGGUGGUGCACAGGAGCUGAAUGAAGCAUCCAAAGACUGGAACGAGACAAUGAUGACCGGUAAUAUGACGCUGCGCUGGUCUGAUGAGGAGGAGGAGGACGACGACAUCACACCAGUGGGCUCUCCCAGCCCGGUCUUCCCAGAGGAGAGACCUGUUCAUCAGGCCGACGACCAGGCGGCCCCCCUGAACCAUAAGGCUGCAGCGUCUCCAGGAACGGGCGGGUCGAACGGCAGCCCGGGGCGUGUCUCAGCCCGGGGUUUCGGCACACCCAGGGAUCGGAGCAGCUCCAACAAACAUGUCUCGCUCAGAUCUCCUUCCUCUUCUGCAUCCACCAGCCGACAGCAGCCUUCCAACACGGAGCGAGAACCACAGCCGACGGUUCACUACUACUGGGGGGUCCCCUUCUGUCCACGAGGCCUGGACCCGGACAACUACACUCAGGUGAUCCUGGCUCAGAUGAAGGUGUAUGAGAAGUGUCUGAAGCAAGCCCAGAGGCAUCUGCUGAGGAAGGCUGAGUGGGGGGAGCCCAUCCUGCCACAGCCAGAGAAAUCCCAGUCACCUGAGUCGCCUGCUGAAUCACCUGAGCGUCACAUUCCUCGAAGGCCUGGUCUCAGGCAGAGAAGCAAGAAACAGUGUGAAGCAGGUGACUCCUCUCCAGCUGAGGCAGAGGAGGAGGAAGGACAAGACGUGGAGAGGGAGGAAGGAGAAUGGAUAGGAGGACAGGCAGAUGCUGACGACUUUGGGGUUUGUCCAGAGACCCAACUGAGUGACAGUAACAGCACGCAAGAUCUGAUAAUGGCCACAGGCAGUAGAGUGGAGCUGAGACCUGAAAGUCCAGAGGUGCUGGAGGUCGGGACGAUUUUCCGAGGCGAUUCUCCAGCCGGGGACAAGCCACCAGAGGAGGAGGAGCAGAUGGAGGUGGACGCCUGUCUAUUUUCAGCCCCAGAGGACGGAAAGAUGGAGGGAAGCAUUCCUGACUGUGGGAAAGUUGAAGAACAGAAUGUGAGAAUGGAGGAGGAAAAGGUGGACAGGGGGCAUCCAGAUGUGGAGGAGAUAAAGGAUCCAGUGCAUCAAAGAUUGUCAUCUCCUGAACUAGAACUAGCCGCCAUUCCUCCAACUCCCGAAACCACCGUUGACUGUCCCAUCUGUCAGGGAUCCUUCCCUGUGACAGAAAUUGAGGUUCAUGCGGCCUACUGCGAUGGAGAGGUGGCCGUCGUGGACGAGAGGAGGCCUGAAGGCGACUGUUUCCAAGUGUCUUUAAAGCCACGUAGGAAGAGAACAAGACGAGCAGAUGAAGAGAGCAGCAACCCCUUGAACGCUGGCAAGAACCAAGAGAAGUGUUACAUCUGUCAGAAAGCCGUUCCUUUGAGAGAGUACAGCCGACACACAGAGCUCUGCAUCCAUCAACAUUCAUCAAAGGCUGAAGCAUCGCAGAGAGGAUGUCUGCUGUCGGCUCUGGAGCAAAUAGAAAGCAGAGGUUCAGACGCUGGGCCGUCUGGAUCCAACCUCCAGCCCAGAGAUGUGAUCGACCUACGGGAUGAUGACAAAGAGGAUGACGGCGUCUCAGCGUUCAGGGUCAGUGACUCUCCCAUCAGAGCCUUCACUUCCAUCUCAGAGGCCACAGACUGCCUGAUUGAUUUCACAAAGCAGCCGCGAGCCAAGAAGCUGAGCCGGAAACGAAGAUGAGGAAGACCUCCCGGCUGAAGACAAAAAACCGGAGCCUUAACUUAAUAAUUAUCAGGUUGAACAUCACAGUACAGUUUAGAAACUCUUUAACACCUUCCUCCUGAUGUCAGACUCUAGAUAUUUCUGCAGGUAAACAAACUCAAAUCGAAAGGAUGAGUGUUCAGAGGAACCUGUGACUCUUUGCUACUAAAUGUUCUGUGUUUCAGACUACCUCUCCCUGAAUUCAAGCAUUCCCUUUCUGUUAUUGUAGCUUUGCUUUAACAUCUGAUUUGGGCGCUUCUUUUACAGAACAACCAGCAGAUUCACUGAUAGUGAAGACAGUUGUUAGCUGCAGCCUUUCACUCACUUUGUGACGGUUUGUCUGAUCACAGACCUGCCUGCACCUGAUGUAAACUUCUGCUUUUCAACCAAGCUACAGAACGUUGGCCUGACGACUGCUGCUGUCAGUGCAGAGCCUCCGAGGUGGCUGAGGAAGACAGAAGUACAUGGCUACACAGACAAGGAGCACUUCAUAUCAUUAUAUAGGCCAAAACAUGAUUCUUAUGUUGUUGUUUUUUUAUCAAUCAGACAGUGAACAUACCCUCCACAGUUAUAGAGUGCGUAUCACCUUUACAUUAAAAAUGCUGGGAAUCUAAA